UGGAGAGAGGAGGCUGGAAGUUGCCCUACAAUGCAUCAUUCCAUGUUCUGAGCUCAUGGCAUUGUCCCUUGCUAGCUGCAUUCUUCUCUUUCCGCUCACCUAUAAAUCCAUAAUCCUAACACAUGUGCUUCAUCAGUUCAUGGCCUCCUCACAACCUAAACACCACAGCUAGCUGCACACUACCUGAUACAAAAUUCUCUAAGCUUUGAGCAAAGAAGGAAGAAGCAACCAUGAUCAGUACCAAGAAAUUUGCUCAGAUGGCAAAGAAGUGGGAGAGGAUGGCUGACCUCAGGAGGAAACGGCUUAAUUUGGUGGCAGCAGACGAUGAGUGCUGCACAUCUGUGGCACCGGAGGGCCACUGCAUCAUGUACUCUGCAGAUGGAAGGCGGUUCAAGGUCCCCCUAGCAUACCUUGGCACGACCAUCUUUGCUGAGCUCCUGAGGAUGUCUCAGGAGGAGUUUGGCUUCGGAAGCGAUGGAAGGAUCACUUUGCCUUGUGAUGCUGCAGAGACGGAGUAUGUCAUGUGCUUGAUCAGAAGAAAUGCAUCAGAAGAGGUCGAGAGGGCCUUCCUGAGCUCUGUAGUGAGUUCUUGCCACCAAGGAAAUGGCUUGGCUUCACCCAUGGAACUUAGUCAGCAAGUUGCUGUUUGUAGCUUCUGAAGAUAGACUGGCUGCUUAGUCUUUUGUUUACUUAGGCACGAUGUAAAUAUUUUCAUGUGGCAGAAAGUAAAUGGAACAAGCAUGUUUCAGUCUUUUCCAUUA